UUACGAAACUGGGAGUAUUAAGCCUGGAGUGAUUGGAGGAUCAAAACCAAAGGUCGCCACACCCAAAGUCGUUGAAAAAAUUGCAGAGUACAAACGCCAAAAUCCCACCAUGUUUGCCUGGGAGAUCAGGGAUAGACUCCUUGCUGAGCGAGUGUGUGACAACGACACUGUGCCCAGCGUCAGUUCAAUUAACAGGAUCAUACGGACGAAGGUGCAGCAGCCACCCAAUCAGCAGGUCCCAGCCUCCAGUCACAGCAUAGCCUCCACGGGGUCUGUGACCCAGGUGUCCUCCGUCAGCACCGACUCCGCCGGUUCGUCCUACUCCAUCAGCGGAAUCCUGGGAAUCGCCUCCCCCGGCACCGAGAACAACAAGCGCAAGCGGGAUGAAGGUAUUCAGGAAUCUCCAGUACCAAAUGGCCAUUCUCUCCCGGGAAGAGAUUUUCUUCGGAAACAGAUGCGAGGAGACCUUUUCACCCAGCAGCAGCUCGAAGUGUUGGAUCGAGUCUUCGAGAGGCAACAUUAUUCCGACAUUUUCACAACAACUGAGCCCAUCAAACCAGAGCAGGCAACUGAAUACUCAGCCAUGGCAUCGUUAGCUGGGGGAUUAGACGACAUGAAGGCCAAUAUAACCAGCCCUACUUCUGCAGAUUUGGGAGCGAGCGUUCCGGGGCCUCAAUCGUAUCCUAUUGUCACAGGUCGCGAGCUGGCAAGCACAACCCUCCCAGGAUACCCUCCGCACGUCCCGCCUGCCGGACAGGGCAGCUACUCCACUCCAGCGCUGACAGGAAUGGUGCCUGGGAGCGAGUUUUCUGGGAGCCCAUACAGCCACCCACAAUAUUCAACGUACAACGACUCCUGGAGGUUUCCCAACCCUGGACUCUUGGGCUCCCCGUACUACUACAGCGCUGCAGCCCGCGGGGCAGCCCCGCCGGCGGCCGCCGCUGCCUACGACCGCCACUGACGCCGGAGCCCCGGGCACCGGCGAUGACUGCAUGCACCGCCUGGAACAA